AUGUAUGACGAAGACACUGAAAUAUUAACAUCAGCGUUCAAGAGCCGGAUCAUCUCUUAUAGACUGUUUACCAAGGAAGAAUAUCUCACUCCUGACGAUUUCAUGGACAGUGUACGCCAACGAGUUGUUAAUCUCAUAGAGGAGAAUAUAUCUAGGGUUAAGAGCGCUGUUAAGGUGAAUUUGCAACUUUUCGGACGAUAUAGUAAAUGGAUCAAGGUGAAUGAUAAUGAUCAGGAGGUGGAGGAGGUGAAAUCUUUCAACACCAAGAAUAAAGUAAUUUCAUUAGAUGGGUGCAACGUAAAUGAAAUUUAUCAAUUGUUUAUGGAGGAGAUCAGAGUUAAGGCUGAAGACUUUCAAGAACGGGACAUAAACCUAGGACACAUAUUGACCGGGUACUCCAUGGGAUGGUCGUCGCCAGUGUUAGUGAAACUGUUUGAUGAAGAGCAGAGCCCUCUACCGGAUAUCAUCACAACUACGGAGGCGUCAUGGAUUGCGUCUUCGUUUAUGGCUGGAUUAGUUACAGGCAUUUUUCCCCUCGGAAUUGUCGCAAAUUUAAUUGGAAGAAAACCCUGUAUAAUUUUAUCGUCAUUACUGACGUUGACGGGACAAACCUUGUUAGCUGUGUCUCUCGAUACGACAUGGAUAUAUUGUGGACAAGUGAUAAAAGGCUUGGGAGCGUCUGGAUUAGCUCUUUUGGACUGUUUAUACAUUGGAGAAAUAGCGUCACCAAACAUCAGAGGAAUAUUAUCCGCAUCCACAAAUGUUUUUCACGCAUUCGGCAUACUGUUAGUAUAUGCUAUCGGCCCUUAUGUCUCAUACAGGGUGGUUUCCUACGUGUUCAUUGUCAUCAAUGUUGCACAUUUGGUCUGCUGUUCGUGCUUUCUACCUGAGAGCCCCGUGUUUUAUGUUAUUAAAGACAAGGAAGAAGCUGCCAAAAAAGUACUACAUGAACUUGGGAGAAGCAAAGAUAUAGACACAGAAUUAAAAACAAUGAUAGAACAGCAUAAAAAAAAUAACACAGACGCAAAAUGUAUCCAACUGUUUACAAUAAAAAACAAUAGGAAGGCACUGAUCAUAAAUCUUGUGUUGAUGACAUUGAAUCAAGGGAGUGGCAUGACGUGUGUGUUAUUUUAUGCUACAAUGAUAUUUGAGAGUGCGGGUGCGGGCUCAUCUAUAGCUCCGGAAAUAUCUUCUAUAAUAUUGGGAGUGACACAGUUUGUUGGCGCGAUUGUAACGCCGUUUUUCAUUGAUAAGUAUGGGAGGAGAACGUUGCUGUUGUUGUCUUUGCCGUUGUGUUGUUUGUUUCUGACCACGUUAGGAGCUUACUUUUACCUAGAAAUGAUCAAGUAUUCCGCGAUAGACUCCAUUCGAUGGCUGCCUCUGUUCGCUCUCAUGGCGUAUAUAUUUAGCUUCAGUUUUGGUAUAAAUUGCAUACCAUUCGUCGUCCUUGGCGAAACCUUCCGCCCGAACAUGCGCAGUCUCGGAGCCUCUACCGCCACGACCAUCGGUUGCAUCGCAGGCUUCAUCAGCUUGGCCAGCUUCAGCCCCAUCAUCAGCGCCUUCGGCAGCCAUGCUGUCUUCUGGAUAUACGCUGGACUCUGCUGCUUUGGGUUCCUGUUCACGUUCUUCGUUGUCCCGGAGACGAGAGGCCGGAGCUUGAUGGAGAUCGAACGGAUGCUGGGAUGAAUGCAGCUAAAUUGAAUAGGAGAAAUUUUAAGGAAUUUAUUGAAAUAAAGGUAUAAGUUGAAUCUAAGAACUUG